CUCUGAUAUAUAAAGUGGCGCGGUGAGGACAGCGUCAGACCAACUCCUGAGUCCCCAACACUGAACACCAUGGCCAAGGCUGUGUUCCUCGUGCUCUCCGUGCUGGUGGUGCUGGCCGCCGCCCUGCCCGCACCCAGGCCGGACCCGAGGCCGGAUCCGGAACCCGGAUAUUUCGGUGGCAUCGGCGGCGGGUUUGGAGGCCUCGGCGGCUUAGGCUACGGCGGAUACGGUGGUCUCGGCUACGGAGGCUAUGGUGGUCACGGCUACGGAAGUUAUGGUGGUUAUAAUCACUAUGGCUAUGGCAGUUAUGGUGGUUAUGGCGGCCACGGCGGCGGCUAUGGUGGAUAUGGUCUCCAUGGCUAACGAGUUACUCCCCAGCCAACAGAUGAAGAAUUUCUUGGUCAUUUAAUAACAGAGCAUGAUCAAGAGAGAUUGUUUUCGUUAAUAAAUCCCAAAAGUGUUA